AUGCCAAACCUUCUUACUCUUCCCCGUGAGCUACGAGAUGAAAUCUAUAGGCAUUUCAUCACCCAAACACCCCCAGCCACGCCCCAUCGCACUCCCAUCCCGCCUAAGCAAUCAUCUCCCCCCUCCGUUUCAGUAGAACAAAGCCAACGGAACUCUUCCUCGAUCAUAAAACGAUUCUCGAGAUUGCCACCCCAUACCCCUUCUUGUGUCACUUCCAACUCUACUACCUCCUCCACAUCCUUCACCACCACGUCCUCUCUCGGGUCCAAUUACGUCCCCCACGAAUCCACAAUCCGCUAUCCCAUUCAGCAACCAACACCCCACACAGCACCCCUCCUCUUCACCGCCAACCACCGCCUAACCCACGACCUCCACACACACCUCAGCUCCACACGCACCCCCAUUGCUUUCCUCGCCGACGUCCGCCUCCACACACCACCCAACCUCCUCUACCCAACCUGGAUCAGCGUGCCAGCAUCCACAGCGCUUCUAGCACGUCUUAAGCGCUCAAUUGAUGUAUUGGACGUCAAUUUGAGGAUGAGGAUGGGGAAGACGGGGACGGUUUGCACGGUUAAUGACUGUGCGGAGGUGGAUGAGGUGGAGGGGUUGAAAAGGAGGAUUUCGAGGGGUGGGAGGAGUGGGAGCUGGGCUAAUGCGUUUGAUGGGGGUUUGGUGUUGCUUUGGAGGUUCUUGGAGGGGGGGAUUGGGUUUGGGGUUAAAGGGGUUGAGGAGAAGGAUGGUGGAGACGGGAAAGGGGAUGGGUGGCGGGGGAGGUUGCGGUGGUUUGGGAGAAUGAAGGGGAAAAAGGAACCGUAUGAGGAUGGGGAUGAGAUCAGUGAUGAGGAGGAGGGGAGCUGGGGGAAGACAGGGGAAGGAGAAGGAAGAAGAAACGAGACGAAAGCCAAAUCCCAAACCAAACUGGGCAAAGCAAGCGUUCACGUUAACCUCUUCAUCCUGAAUUGCCUCGAUGUAACCAGUUAUAUAUUCUCUGAGAUAAACGAGGAGGUUAACAAUGAUCACAUGCGGGAAGUCUUCGAUGAAGUAACUGCGAAUUUUGACCAUUACUUUUACAUGCCGGGAUAUGACACGCCCCCGCAUUAUCCAUUUUUUGAAGAGUCCAAUUGGUAUCGGAAGGGUUACCGAGAGAGCAAUGGUGAGAGCGAUGAUUCAGCUCAACUGCACAGCCAUCUCGAAUGUAUGCAUAUCGCUAACCUUGGACUCGAGAAUACCUCCCCUUGCAGAGUACGACCCCGUAUUUCCCGUUUGCAAAUGUGGGAAUAUGGAACAUUUGAGUUGCAGCGGGCCGCGACGGAUAGAUGA